AUGGCGUUUCCCUUUUGCAUGGAAACAAUCCCUAAACUCCGCGUCCUAGUCUUGAGGUCAAAUAAGUUCAAUGGUACGAUAUCCGUGUCUUCAAAAACUGAGCAACCUUUCCCAAAGCUGCAUGUAUUGGAUGUAUCCUAUAAUGCGUUUGUUGGCUCUCUACCUGAUAGAUAUUUCAAGAACUUUUGUGGUAUGAUAGAUGCGAAGGAAAACAUGUCCGAUAAUGAAGCAUAUUGGUUUCUGAGAUUCAUGGAGAUGAAGAUCACAGUGAAGGGCUUGGAACAAUUAUUUGGGAGACAGCUGACUACAUUUACAACCAUCGAUAUGUCCUCCAAUAGAUUCUCUGGGAGCAUUCCACCUUCUGUAUGGAACCUUAAAUGUCUUAGAUACUUGAAUUUGUCUCACAAUACCAUUGGAGGCCAUAUACCGUCAUCUCUUGGAAGUAUGAGUAUCCUCGAGUCGUUGGACUUGUCUUCAAAAAAAGUUGGAUGGAGAAAUUCCAAAUGA